GUGCUGAUUGGGACAAGAGUGGAGGUUGCGAGAGCCGCUUCUUUGGUGGCGUCCACGGGAACAGGUUAGAGGGGCUGCCGGUUGUUCCCCAUUAGCCGCUGCUAGUGAUAGUACUAGUGAUAGUGCUAGUUACCCUUUGGUUUAGGUGCUGCGGGGCUGAUCCCCUGGGAGGAGCCGAGAGAGAGAAGGGGGUCACACUGGCAAGUGCCAUGCACUGAUCCCCCUCCUUCCAGCCCGCACCGCCCCCUCCCCGGCCAUUCCCGGCACAUAAAUGAUAGAGGAUACCAUGACUUUGCUGUCUCUCCUGGGUAGGAUCAUGCGCUACUUCUUACUCCGCCCGGAGACCCUGUUCUUGCUGUGUAUCAGCCUGGCCCUGUGGAGUUACUUCUUCCACACGGACGAGGUGAAGACCAUCGUGAAGUCCAGCAGGGACGCCGUGCAGAUGGUAAAGGGCAAGGUGGCCGAGAUGAUGCACAACGAGCGCCUCGGAGGGAUCGACGUGCUGGAAGCGGAGUUCUCCAAGACUUGGGAGUAUAAGAGCAACAAUGUGGCCGUCUAUUCCAUCCAGGGCAGGAGGGACCACAUGGAGGACCGCUUCGAGAUCAUCACCGACCUGCUCAACAAGAGCCACCCUUCUAUCUUUGGCAUCUUUGAUGGACAUGGAGGAGAGUCAGCAGCUGAAUAUGUGAAAAUCCAUUUGCCAGAAGUGCUGAAGCAACAUCUUCAAGACUUUGAGAGGGAUAAAGAGAACAAUGUGCUUUCCUAUCAGACUAUCUUGGAACAGCAAAUUCUAGCUAUAGACCGGGAAUUGCUGGAAAAACUCAGUGUGUCCUAUGAUGAAGCAGGUACCACAUGCUUAAUUGCUCUGUUAUCAGACAAAGAACUCACAGUUGCCAAUGUUGGGGAUUCUCGAGGUGUGUUGUGUGACAAAGAUGGAAAUGCUAUUCCUUUAUCCCACGAUCAUAAGCCGUACCAGCUGAAGGAAAGGAAGAGGAUUAAAAGAGCUGGUGGGUUCAUCAGCUUCAAUGGCUCUUGGAGGGUACAAGGGAUUCUCGCCAUGUCCCGUUCACUGGGAGAUUAUCCGCUGAAAAAUCUAAAUGUCAUCAUCUCUGACCCUGAUAUCCUGUCUUUUGACCUGGACAAACUGCAGCCAGAGUUUAUGAUCUUGGCAUCUGAUGGUCUAUGGGAUGCUUUCAGCAAUGAAGAAGCAGUGCGGUUUAUCAAAGAGCGCUUGGACGAGCCGCAUUUUGGAGCCAAGAGCAUUGUGUUACAGUCAUUUUACAGAGGAUGCCCCGAUAACAUAACUGUUAUGGUAGUAAAGUUCAAGAAUAGCAGCAAAACAGAUGAACAAUGAAAGUCACCACAUGUGUGCAAAAGGACUGCAGCAGCCGAUUUUAUUUUAACUUAGUAGAAAGAGGUGGAAACCCCCAUUCCCAUGUUUUAGGAUUAGACAUGGACUCAUGCAGCUAAUGUACCCAUCAACUGUCCAACCAUGAAACACAGGAAGCACAUUCUGUAUGACCCAACAUUAUUACUCCAUUAACAAAUAAUUAUCUGUAUUAAAGGGUAUUACUCCUGCUGAGGUGUUAAUCUUAUUCUUAUGUGGGGGGGUAACACGACAACACUUGUAUCAUCAGCUGGAGAAGUUAUAAUUAUUUUAUGUUUUUAGAAAACGUGUCUGUUCAAUGGGAUUAUAGGUUUCUAAUAUUGAGAGAAUCAAGUGUCCCUUUAAAAAACUGCAACAACCGAGGUUCAAACAGUCUUAAAUAAAUACAAAUAAAACAUUAUUUUCCAUA